CUCCGUCGCACUGGCCCCGCCUCCUGCCGCCUUCGCUUGUCGGGAGCGGCGGAGAUGCGCUGCACUUGUCCGGCGUAGAUCAGGGCCGCUGUUUGUUUGCUAUCCGUGUUUCCUCCGUGUUAGCGGGUCACAUCCGUCCGUGUGCCAGGGCCUCUGUGCGGACCGGAAGCCCACGGUGACAUGCGUCCACGGAGCGCUGAACCUGUUCCCUCCCGCACGGCACGAACCCCGUGAAGCAGCAGCAGGCCGUGUCUCCUCCACCCACGAUCAUGUCGGGGAAUCAUUACAAAGGCCACGAAGUCAGCUGCUGCAUCAAAUACUUCAUCUUUGGAUUCAACAUCCUGUUCUGGCUGCUGGGCAUGGCCUUAGUGGGAAUCGGACUGUGGGCGUGGAGUGAGAAGGGGGUCCUGUCCAACCUCUCAUCUAUCACAGACCUGGGGGGUCUGGACCCAGUCUGGCUCUUCAUGGUGGUUGGGGGGGUUAUGUUCAUCCUGGGCUUUGCCGGAUGCAUCGGAGCGCUGCGGGAAAACACGUUUCUACUGAAGUUUUUCUCGGUGUUUCUUGGAAUCAUCUUCUUCCUGGAGUUAACGACGGGAGUUCUGGCGUUUGUCUUCAAGGACUGGAUUAAAGACCAGCUCAACCUGUUCAUCAACAACAACAUCCGGGCGUAUCGGGACGACAUCGACCUGCAGAACCUCAUCGAUUUCACUCAGGAAUAUUGGGAGUGCUGCGGUGCUUUCGGAGCAGACGACUGGAACCUGAACAUCUAUUUUAACUGCACUGAUGGAAACCCCAGUCGGGAAAAGUGCGGCGUUCCCUUCUCCUGCUGCACCAAGGACCCAGCGGAGGACGUGAUCAACACUCAGUGUGGCUACGACAUUCGAGCCAAACCAGACUCCGAGCAGAAGGACUACAUCAACGUUAAAGGCUGCGUGCCCCAGUUUGAGAAGUGGCUGCAGGACAACCUCACGCUGGUGGCGGGGAUCUUCAUCGGCGUUGCGCUGCUGCAGAUCUUUGGAAUUUGUUUGGCUCAAAACUUAGUGAGCGACAUCGAGGCCGUGCGGGCGAGCUGGGUGCCCCCCCCUCUCUACAUGCGCCGACUCCCACCGUACUCCAGCAAGAAAGCGUCGGCUUACUACUCGUGAGACACUCGCACACACCGCAUGUGUGUUUGUCACCGCUUCUUUACCUAAUGCAGCGUUUAAGCUCCAGCACCGUCGGGGAGAUCAGACCCGAUCACGGCACCAUCCCUUACUGAACCAGCACCUUUGUUCCAAGGCACUAAUAUGUGAAAUGACUUGUAUAUAAACACUGUGAGUAACUACUGUACAAAGAAGGAGAGCACUGUUAGCAUUCGCAGCGCUCCAGGUUUGAUAGCUACAUCUAGAGUAGAAGUUUUGAUAAUGUUUUUGAUAUUAGAUAUUUUUCACUGUAGUCAUUACGGGCCAUCGUUAGGACUGCGGCUCGUGCUCCUCACACUCAACCACUCGCUUCCUGUACCUUUGCAUUAGUUGCGCUUGACUGCAGCACCGUAGGGAGGAAUCUGUUUGUAAGUGGAUAUCUUUGCAUGCUGCACUGACAGCAGCUAAACAUGCUGUAAAUACACAGUACGAAUGAAAGAAGGGAUCACUUCAAUGGCUUCCUUCUCUACUGAAGAAGGGAAGUGUUUGAGGAUGUUGCUGCCACGUUCAUCACCACCUUGUAGCUCUGCAAGCACUGGAGUGGAUCGCUAAACUCCUCCCACUGCCCUACCCCUCGCUCCGGUGUGACACCUCAGUAUUCUUUAAUCGGCUCGUUUCAGAUUGAAAUCAGUUUUAGUGAAGACGUCCACCUUAGAGCUUGUUGAGACUGACCUGGAACUUGAAAAACAGAAACCGUUCUUCUGUUUAAAGAGGAUUUAUUAUUUGUUCUUAUCUUCUUGGAUCAUUUUAAAGGCAGCAGCUGUAGCUUCUCUCAGUGCUGCUUGGCUCAAAGGGAACCAGUUCCCAUGGACUCGUGAGAAAAUACCCAACUUCACAGUAUUUCUAGAACAGCGGUCUCCACCCUUUUUUGCACCACGGACCGGUUUAUGUCCGACAAUAUUUUCACGGACCGGCCUUUAAGGUGUCGUGGAUAAAUACA